UGAGGCUGAGCAAUCAUCGGUGCAUGACAGUCAGGCUCAGCUGAGUCGGGUACGCGCUCUUGUCAGAGCGGUUUAAAAUAAGUGCAAAGGCGGGAGGUUUAGUUUUCCUAAUCGUGUGAGGGCGAACCUUACCUGUCUGAAUUCAUUUAUUUACAAAGCGCAGAAUAAGAGGAUUUAGGACCAAGGCGCAUGGUUUGUGAAGCGAGUGAAUAUUUUUUCCGUGCCUUUUAAAUUGAAGAAAUCAUGACAACAGGAGAUGUUAAAGGAGUGCUUCGUAAAUUAGAACAAAAACUAAGGCUUAUCAGUUACCCCAGAGAUGUGGACUAUUCAGGGUUGGUAAAAGGAGACCCAGCUUCGUUACUGCCCAUCAUCAGUUAUGCAUUUAAUUGCUACUCCACAAACGUUACUGAAAUUCUAGUUUCCAUGGAUAUAGAGCUUACAGGAAAGAGCGACCUGAGGUUCAUUGAUGCAGUUUAUAAGAUUCUUCGGGACUUGUUUAAUUAUAAACCUUUGUUGACAAAGCAGCAGUUCCUUCAGUGUGGGUUCUCAGAAAGGAAGAUACAGAUUGUUUGUGAUAUUGUGGACUGUGUGGUGAAAAAACAUAGAGAAUUCAACAACACAAGCAAGAUUAAAUCCCAGCCAUCUAAGAAAGUAAAAUCUGUUCAAGAUAAAGUGGAGGUAUUUUAUCCGGAAGAUGCUCCUAUACAGCCAUUAUUGAAGUUAGCAAAUGAAAUAGAUAAUCAGAUAAAGCCACUAGUGGAACGUCACACAGGAAUUGAUUGUCCUCCGAAAUCAUUUACUGACCUAUCUAAUCCAAUCUAUGUAGACAGAGAUGAUGUUACCUUGCCUGAUAAUGAAACUGAAGUUCACUGUGAACCUUUGGUUAAACAUGAUAAUUCUUCACAAAUUGAGCUACUUAAAAUCCAGCUUGCUGAAUGCCAAGAAAAACUGCAGAGGUUAGAUUUUAUAGAAGAAAAGCUACAAACAUUAGAAAAUAGCAUGAAAGGAAAAAUUAUUGUUGAAGAGGCAGACUGGAAUAACCUUAUUAGUCGGGUCCUCCUUCUAGAAACAGACCGAGAAGUGCAGUCAAAAAAGAGAGAUUUGGCAGCAGAGUUUACAAACAUGAGUGAGGAGUGUACUUCCAGUAGAUUAGCAAAUGAGAUUUCUUCAGAUUUCAGGACGAAGGUGGUUAUUCCAGAGAAUCAUCAUCAGUCUUCUGGAUACAGUUCUUUGCUGUCUACUGACACAUCUCCUAUAGCUGGUGUUCAAUAUAGUGAUUCGGCAAUAGAUUCAAAAGAAACAGCACAGCAAAGAAUGGAAAGAAUAGCAAAAAUGAUGGAAGAGACUUCAAAACUAUUACAAUUUUCAAACACUUCAUCAUAGUUUUAAAUUGUGAUUUUUAAGUUAAGAUUUUUUUGUAAAGUCAUGUUCAUAUUGUAAACAAAACAUUAUCUUUUAUAUUUCAUUAAAUGUAUUUUAUUGUC